UUGAAUGGCAUAGUGUGGGAGCUUUAAUCAAAGACAAAAGGUGCAGCAGACACUCUGGUGAACAUGGAACUGUCAGCCAAAAGUCACUCAAUUCCUCUGAGCGAUGGAAACAGCAUACCUUUGAUAGGACUGGGAACUUAUGGGAAUCCACGCAUGACCCCCAAGGGUACUUCAUAUGAAGCUGUCAAGCUGGCCAUUGAAAUUGGGUACAGACAUAUUGAUGGAGCAUUGGUCUAUUUCAAUGAACAUGAGGUGGGACAAGCAAUAAGGGAAAAAAUAGCAGAUGGAACCGUAAAGAGAGAGGAUAUCUUCUACUGUGGAAAGUUGUGGAACACAUUCCACCCUCCUGAGUUAGUACGCCCAGCUUUGGAGAAAACACUGGCGACAUUACAGCUGGACUAUGUGGAUCUCUAUAUUGUAGAAAUGCCAACAGCUUUCCAGCCAGGAGAUACAUUCUAUCCACGAGAUGAGAAUGGAAAGUACAUUUAUCAUGAGACAGACCUCUGUGCCACUUGGGAGGCAUUGGAAGCUUGCAAAGACGCUGGGCUUGUAAAGUCUCUUGGUGUAUCCAACUUCAACAAACGUCAACUGGAGCUAAUCCUUAAUAAACCUGGGCUGAAGCACAAACCUGUGUCAAACCAGGUUGAAUGCCAUCCAUACUUCACCCAACCAAAGUUGCUUGAAUACUGCCAGCAAAAGGGCAUUGUUAUUGUUGGUUACAGCCCCCUGGGGACAUCUAGAGAUGCUUCCUGGGUUAAUCUGACAUGCCCACCAUUGUUGGAAGAUGAAGUACUGUCAUCAAUUGCCAGAAAGUAUAAAAAAACCACAGCACAGGUGUCCCUGAGGUUCAACUUGCAGAGAGGAGUGGUGGUCAUCCCAAAGAGCUUCAACCCUGCUCGUAUAAAGGAAAACUUUGAUAUAUUUGACUUCUCUCUGUCGGAGGAUGAAAUGAAGGCAAUAGAUGUGCUGAACAAGGAUAUUCGUUUUGUGGAGCUUCUCAUGUGGUCGGACCAUCCAGAGUAUCCAUUUCAUGAUGACUACUGAAAUAAACAUCAAGACUUUACUUAAAUUUGAACAAUGUUUAAUUGUCAAGUAAAUGAUUGUACAAGCAUUUUGCACCCAAUAAAAAAUAAAGAUACAAGUUGAUUAUAUAUUCUAUUAAAUGUUUCUGACUUA